AUGAAAAUUUUGGCUGAGCUGAUCAGCCACCUCAUUAACUUGCAUUUGAUGCAUUUCAACCUCCCUUUGCAAAAUCGAGGCUCCCAAAAUUAUGAGGUUGCCUACUUUUGUUUUGUGGAUACUGAAUAUGUAUUGGACUCUGUUGACGCAGAAAAAUGGUUCGGCACUUUCCCUCGUAACUUAGUGAUAUGGAGCCUUCGGUAUUCCCUGGGCCUCGGUAGAGCGUGCGAUCUGCAAGAUAGCAAACGCUCGGUAAGACCUAGGGCACCGGUGUGGUACCGGCCGAAGGCUCUCCGAUACUUAAACCUUGGGAGGUGUGCAAGUUAUUUAGAAUUUCGAUUUGGGACUGUGGACUCCAAUUGUGGGACUGCCACGUGUCCUGAAGGAAAUGUUGCCCUAGCCACGGGUUCGGUAGGGAUGGUGCCGAAGGCUACCAUAGUGGAGCGCAGUUUUAUUCCACGUGUCUAG